AUCAAGAUGGCGACUAAAGCCUCCGGGAGGGUUUGCCGUCGCUUAUUUCAAGGACUACCUGUACGAUUUGUAGGCGAAAUUAACCAACAUAUUUAUCGGUGUGGAUGCAGUAUACGAUGGGCUCAUCAACAGAAGGGCGCGACCUUCGGCAUCCUGUUUGACAUCGACGGCGUCAUCGUCAGAGGGCGCACGUUGCUGCCGACCGCGCUCGAGGCCUUCCAGAAGCUGACCGAUGGCAGGGGGCGCUUUCGCGUGCCGACGGUGUUCGUGACGAACGCCGGGAACACGCUGCGGCAAGAGAAGGCCGAACAGCUGAGCAACUGGCUCGGAUUGGAGGUGGCGCCCGACCAGGUCAUCAUGUCGCAUAGUCCUCUGAAGAUGUUCAAACAGUUCCACGACAAGCACUGCUUGAUAUCGGGGCAAGGGCCCAUCUUGAAAAUAGCAAAGGGGUUGGGUUGCACAAAGGUGACAACGAUAGAGACGAUGAGGUCGAUGUUUCCGAUGCUAGACAUGGUAGACCACAAACGACGAAUCAAAGUACCAUGUGCAUUUGCCCAGUAUUUCCCCAAAAUAGAAGCUGUGAUACUGUUCGGCGAGCCGGUGAGGUGGGAGACCAACCUGCAACUAAUCGUGGACGUCCUGAUGACCGAGGGUCAGCCGUCCAUCGUGCCGGACCGGCUGCCCUACCCGCACAUCCCGGUGCUAGCGUGUAACAUGGACCUGCUGUGGAUGGCCGAGGCCAGCAUGCCACGGUGAGCAUUG